AUGCAAGAUCCAAAGAAUUCAUCAAAUAUUAGUGGCUCAUCAUUUAUAGAUCUAAAAGCAGAAAUAUUUAAAUAUAAAGAAGAUUUUAAAAGGAAAAAAGAGUUAGCCAGUAAACAACCAGGCUCCGAGGCCUUAAAAAAACCUGAGAAGAGAGUUGGAUUAUGGGAUCGCCAAAAUAAAGGGAUUAAUGAAAGGUUGAGAAAAGAUGAAUUGGAGACUGUUGAGUCGUCAACAUUAGAAGCAAGUAGAAAAGCUAUGGAAAGAAAAGCAAAGUUAUAUGAUCAAUUAAUAAAGACUGGUAUUGAUGAUGAUACAUUGGCAGAUGAAGUAUUAGUAGAUUUUGAUCGUAAGGCUUGGGAAAUUUUUUCAGCAACAGGAUCAGAAACUACAACAAAAUCUGUACCAGUUAAGGCUAAUGUAAUAUCAGAGGAUGAAUUAAUGGAGCAACUUAGAGAAAAAUGGGAAGAAAAUGCAUUAGAGGAAUUAAAACAAAUUCGUACUAAGGGUGUAGGUUUCUAUCGUUUCUCUAAGGAUGAACAAGAACGUGAAGAACAAAUGAAUGCAUUGAAACAAUUACGAGAUGAGACUGAAACAAAAAGAUCUGAGUCACAAAGU